CUUGCUAGUUUGUAUUCGGACCCAACGGAGAAACCAGAGCGUCGAUAGCGGCUGACCGUGACGCCUCCCGUAUUUUGGUAUCUGCUUGCCUUUCUUGUUUCUAAUCCGAAGCUCUUCUCUGCCUAGGGUUAGGGUUUGGACUCUUUGCCUCUUGCUUCACUGCUACGCGUCCUGUGGUCGGUGCACGGCCCUGGUGCUCCUGAGCUAUGGAGUCUACUCUAGUGAUCAAGGUCAAAUUUGGAGAUACCCUCAGGCGCUUCAAUGCUCGCGUAGAUGAAAAUAAUCAACUGGAUCUUGACAUGGCUAGGUUGAGGUUCAAGAUAUGUUCUCUUUUCAAUAUUCCCCUUGAAACCAAUCUCGUGCUGAGAUAUGUUGACGAAGACGGGGAUUUGGUGACGCUGGUGGACGAUGAUGAUCUCCUUGAUGUGAUGAGGCAGAACCUAAAAUUCUUGAAAAUUGAUUUACACAUGAUGAAUGAUAAUGCUAGUAAAGCAAAUUCAAUGGCUAGUGGAAGUUCUACUCCCUUAAGGUCCCCUCGCAUCUUGAAUCCAUUUAUGGGGAAUGGAAACACUACCCUUUCUGAUGAUUUGAAAUCUGUUCCGGAGCCAGUACUUGAGUUCCUUUCUAAUUUAUCUCUAAACUUGGCUUCCAAGGCUGCAUCUUCUAGUCCAGUGGUUGGUUCCCUUAUGGAUUCUAUAGCCAAAUUGGGACAAUCCAUGGGUAAUUCAAACUCACGGCCUGUGACUGCAUCUGUUAUUGAGUCCAAAAGUGAUGCUUGUAAAGAAUCUGUCCCACAUGUUCCAAGUUGUCCGCAGCCUCCAUCUGCAGACUCACCUUCUGAAGCCAAUCAACAGUUAAAUGAAAAUGUUACUGGAGGUGUAGCAGCACCGGUUGCUCCUGUUGAUCUCAAUGUUGCCCCCUCUGAUUCUAAUCCACCUAAAUUCUCAUAUGUGGAUGCUGUGCGAGUUUCAUCUACGGCUCCUGAAGGUGAUAGUGAAAAGGGUAAGAAAGCUGCCAAUGACAAUAUGAAGUGUAAAGGUGGUAGUCCUAGGGCAUCCACUAGUCAGGCAGCUCCUGGGAACUUUUCAACUCAGUCUCCACCAAUUGGUUUCAGUCCUUUUGUCGAAUGUCCCUUUUCUGGGUUAAGUGUUGUUGAUUCAGCAGCACGUUCUUUUGAAAACCAUCGGGGUCAUCCAUUUAAAAGGAGCUAUAGUCACACUGAAGCCAUGGGUGGCAUGUUCCAUAAGGGUGUCCGCUGUGAUGGAUGUGGUGUUUAUCCCAUAACAGGACCUCGUUACAAAUCAAAAGUGAAAGGAAAUUAUGACCUCUGCAGCAUCUGCUUCGCUGAAAUUGGUAAUGGAACAGAUUAUGUCAAAAUUGAUCGUCCUUUACCCUGCCGUCGCCCAGGACCCUUCAAGAUUCUGAAUGAUUAUCGUCAUCCAAUGGCACAUGUUCUUAGAAUGAGAAAAAAUCUUAUGAACCAGGUGACAUCAAAGACCAAGAUAGACAGCAAGUUCAUUUUGGAUGUUACGGUAAUAGAUGGUACUUUAAUGGCCCCAUCUACCACAUUUACAAAGAUUUGGCGGAUGCGCAACAGUGGCACAGUACCAUGGCCAAAAGGAUGUCAACUUGUUUGGAUUGGAGGAGACAAAUUUAGCGACUCUCAUUCAGUUAACUUAGAGAUUCCUAUGGAAGGUCUACCUGUGGACAAAGAGCUUGACAUUGCUGUUGAGUUUAGAGCACCAGAGUCUCCCGGUCAAUACAUUUCAUACUGGAGGAUGGCAUUCCCUACUGGCCAGAAGUUUGGACAGCGUGUUUGGGUUCUUAUUCAGGUGGAUCCUUCACUGAAGGAGUCAUUUUAUGAUAACUUUCAAGGCCUAAACUUGAAUAUGCCACUUGAAGAAAGUGGUUCCAGAGGGCCAAAUAAUAUAGAUAUCAACGUUCAUCCUGAAGUGGACGAGGCCUUUCUUCACUCCUGCAAUUCUAGUGCUCCCGAAGAAUUUGGCAAGCAACAGGUUGAUGAGCAACCCAGGCAAGAGCCGGGAGAAAAUAUCUUUAAGGAUGGAGCUAAAACUGUGGGCCUUGGUGGCUUGCCCCCAACAACGUCUGGGCAACACACCGCUAUUUCCUACCCUGUUGUUGAUUUUUCAGAUGCAGCUCCUGUUGUUGUCUCUAAUCCGCAAGCCCCUUGUGUUGGUGCAUUGACAUCGUCCUCCAGAAUAGAUGGAGAUAAUUCCAUAGAGGAGACUCUGCUUAAGGAACUUGAGGAGAUGGGUUUCAAGCAGGUUGAUUUGAACAAGGAGAUCUUGAGGAUGAACGAGUACGAUUUAGAGCAGUCAGUGGAUGAUCUUUGCGGUGUUUCUGAAUGGGAUCCUCUUCUUGAUGAAUUACGGGAGAUGGGCUUCCGCGACAAUGAAGUCAACAGGAGGCUGCUGAAGAAGAACAAUGGAAGCAUCAAACGUGUUGUUUUGGAUUUAGUGAAUGGGGAGGAUCAUUAGAUGAAACGUCUUUCAUAUUUCAACGGUAGUUUUACCCCCGGUGGUCUAUGGCAUUCAGUAAUUAUUGAGUACUAAGUAUAAACUCCUGAACGAGUUGGCCUAUCUUAUGUUCUUUUAAGUUUUUGUCAAUAAAUGUAUAUGGUAUCCGACGUAGGUCGCAUAAUAAUGCAUAUGUAAGUAAGUUAUUUCGAUUAAGCCGAUCUAGAUUUUCUGGGCCAUGAUUUCGACUCUCUUGGCUUGCGACUUCGCGUUGUGCAUGUUUUCUCUUAUGGCCUGGUUGUGCCUUGCAUAUUAA